AUGGCGACAAUCGAAAGAGACCAGACAUACAAACCCACCCCCUCCGCGCCCGUCGUGCGCCUCAUGGUCCUCGAGACCGACCUCCCACACCCAGACACCUUCUCCGAGCGCGGCUCCUUCGGCCAGAUUGUGCAUCACCACUUCUCGCGCGCCGGCCGCGCACACCACCCACCCCUAGGCGUGGAAACGGACCAGGUCUUCGUGGUCACCGAGCAGGGCGGGCGGAUCCCAUCAGUGCAGGAGUUCGAUAACUUCGACGGGCUGCUGAUUACAGGGAGCGUGUACGAUGCGCACGCGGAUAAUGAGUGGAUAUUGCAAUUACUGGACCUGCUGAAGAGGCUUUGGAUAGAGAAGCCGGAGUUCCAUUUCGUGGGCGUGUGUUUUGGACACCAGCUUCUUGCGAGACUGCUCGGGGGCGAGGUGGGCCCGGCGCCGUCCAGGGAUUGGGAAUUGGGCCAUUCGAGGAUUGAACUUACGCCGACGGGACAGAGAAUUUUUCGCACGUUGGAGGACCAUAUCCAUCUGCAUCAGAUGCAUCAGGACCAGGUUGUGCGGGCGCCUUCGCCUGCGUCUGCGUCUGAGUUACUCGCUGGCGACUCCGAUACCGAAGUGCGGGUCUGGGGCCGCAGCGAGCAUACCCCCGUCCAGGGCUUGUAUAUCCCGAACCGGCUGUUCACGACGCAGGCGCAUCUAGCGUUCGAUGAGGAUAUGGUGAAGCGGCAGAUUCAGAUCCGGGUUGAUGCGGGUGGGAUUCAGGAUCUGGAGCAUGCGGAUCGGGCGGCGGAGACUUCACAUUUGGAGCAUGAUGGCGUUGAGGUUGCGAAGGCUGUGCUGAGGUUGUUUGUGUACGAUGAUGAUGAGUAUACAGGGGGUGAUAGGAAGACUUCAUAA